AUGAGGGGAGACUAUAUAAAAGGGAACUCCACCUCCCAGGCUAAGGGGAGGGGCCCUAGGAGUUUGGAGAGGAUUGAGGUGGCUGCAGCUUCUCCUACCAUCGGAUCAGAAGUGGCAAUCGAGUUAGGGCUGCUCCCAAGAGACACAGCCAAGGCAAUGGCUGCUCCUGUGCCUACGGCAUUGGCUCAGGUGGAUAGAGAGAAGAUCUAUCAGUGGAUCAAUGAACUGCCCAGUCUGGAAACAAGAGAAAAUGCUCUCCUGGAACUAAGUAAAAAUCAUGAGUCUGUUCCUGACCUUGCCCCCAUGUUGUGGCAUUCUUUUGGUACUAUUGCAGCUCUCUUACAGGAAAUUCAAAAUAUUUACCCAUCUAUCAGUCCACCUACCUCGACUGUACAUCAGUCUAACAGAGUUUGCAAUGCAUUGGUACUAUUGCAAGAUGUGGCAUCCCACCCAGAAACCAGGUCAGCAUUUCUUGAAGCCCAAAUACCCCUCUUCUUGUAUCCCUUUUUGCAAACAGCCACCAAGACUCCUGCCUUUGAAUAUCUUUGUCUCACCAGCCUUGGAGUUAUUGGGGCCCUGGUCAAAACAGUUGAAGAAGAAGUGGUCAACUUCUUAUUGACGACAGAAAUCAUCCCUUUAUGUUUGAGCAUUAUGGAAGCUGGAAGUGAACUUUCCAAAACCAUUGCCACAUUAAUCUUUCAGAAGAUUCUCCUGAAUGACUCUGGAUUGGCCCAUUUAUGUCAGACAAAUGAGCAGUUCUCCCAAGUCACAAUGAUCUUGGGUAAGGUGGUCCUGCAAUUGUCCAAAGAACCUUCUGCCCGACUGUUGAAGCAUGUGAUCAGAUGUUACCUUCGUCUUUCAGAGAACCCCAUGGCACGUGAAACACUCAGGCAGAGCUUGCCUGACCAGCUGAAAGAUACCACAUUUGCCCAGAUGCUAAAAGAUGACACCACCACCAAGCACUCGCUCGAACAGCUUUUGGAAAAUCUGGGGGAAGGCCAGGUUGCCGACACCCACAGCACCCCCUUGAAACCUCAGUGA